UGCAGCUACCACUUGGCUGAGCAGUCUGUAUCCUAGCUUAAUAUGUGAAGAGGAAAGUCCAGCUCUGGGAGGGAGAUGUGAGCAGCGUAGCAAUGUGCAGAUUAUAGGAAGGCAGCCGAGACAGUCCAAUGUAAAGGCAACUGGAAAAGGAUCAAAACCGCGUCAUUGGGUGUUAACUUAAGGUUCUCUUGAGUUCAUUCAUUUUAAUCCACAUCUCCCAGGGCUGCUUACAACGUUCCUACCCUUUGCGCUCAAUUCAGGGACUGCCGGUAACACAAGACACUUUCGCUUGCGAACCUACGACUGAUUUUGAAGAGAAAUAAAAUGCCAACCAAUGGGAUACACCAAAUACUGAAGAUACACUUUGGCCUGAUUAAUUGUGAUAACAGGUAUUUGACAGCAGAAGCUUUUGGAUUCAAAGUUUAUGCAUCUGCUCCAAGCUUGAAAAAGAAGCAGAUAUGGACAUUAGAGCAGGACGAGAUAGACAGUUCAGUGGUCUAUCUCAAAAGCCACCAUCUAGGAAGAUAUCUGUCUGCUGAUAAGGAUGGGAAUGUGUCCUGUGAGGCUGAGAAACCAGGGGAAGAUUGCAGAUUUUCCAUUACUGCCCAGUCAGAUGGCAGGUGGGCCCUCCAAUCUGAUUUACACAAGCGAUUCUUUGGAGGUUCAGAAGACAAGCUGUCAUGUUUUGCACAGACCAUCACGGAGACAGAGCUCUGGGCUGUGCAUUUGGCUAUCCAUCCUCAAGCUAACCUUCUCAGUGUCAGCAGGAGGAGGUAUGCACACUUGAGUCCUCAAGAGGAUGAAAUCUCCACAGAUAGCAACAUCCCAUGGGGUGUUAACUCCCUCAUCACCCUGGUGUAUCAGGACAAAAAGUACUGCUUGAAGACGUGUGACAACAGAUACCUGCGUAAUGAUGGGAAGUUAGUUAAAGAUCCUGAUAAUGGCACAGGCUACACUCUUGAGUUCAAAGCAGGGAAAUUGGCCUUCAAAGAUUGCAGUGGGAAGUACUUGACACCAAUGGGACCCACGGGUACACUGAAGUCUGGGCGGAGCUCCAAACCUGGCAAAGAUGAACUCUUUGAUCUUGAGGAAAGUCACCCACAAGUUGUCUUUAUGGCAUCCAACAAAAGAUAUAUCUCUAUCAGGCAAGGUAUAAAUGUUUCUGCCAACCAAGAUGAGGAGACUGACUUUGAAACAUUCCAAAUGCAAAUUAAUAAAGAAACCAAGACGUGUAGUUUUCAUACUAAUUCUGGCAAGUACUGGACUCUUGUGAGCCAUGGUGGAAUCCAAUCUACAGCCACUGAGAUUGCUGCCAACACAAUGUUCGAGAUUGAAUGGAGAGGCAGGAGAGUUGCACUGAAAGCCAGCAAUGGGAAGUACGUCUGUACGAAGAAGAACGGACAGCUGGCGGCUGUGUGUGACGCAGUUGGUGAGGAUGAGGAGUUCACAUUGAAGCUGAUAAACAGACCAAUACUUGUCUUGCGUGGAGAUCUGGGAUUUGUCUGCUACCAUAAAACAUCAAAUACUCUAGAUGCAAAUCGCUCAUCAUAUGAUGUCUUCCAGAUCAUCUGUAAUAAUGGAGCAUAUCAAAUUAAAGGUCAGGGUGGGAAGUUCUGGUACAUCUCAAGCAAUGGCACCAUUUGUACAGAUGGAGACAUGUCAGAAGACUUCUUCUUUGAGUUCCGGGAAUACAACCGUGUGGCCAUCAAGGGUAAAAAUGGCCGAUAUCUACGGGGGGACCAGGCAGGCACCCUGAAAGCAGAUGCAGAGUCUGUGAACAAUGCAACUCUCUGGGAAUACUAAUUCACACCCAGCACAUUUUAGGUGUAGAAGACAUUAGAUGAUUUGCUUUGACGGAGAGCUUAAAGGACUGACAAAGCAAGAUAUGUUUCCCCAAAAGAAGCAUAGAGAGGUGAGCAGUGAGACAAUGAGCUUCUCACAUGGGGUUCAGAGUUCUAUAAUGAGAUCAGAGGUAGUCUGUCAUGGACACAAUGACCGUCUACAAGCAAUGUCCUACUAGGAUUAUGGGAAAUGCAUGUAAUUAUAUAAGUAUCAUUAUAUUAUAUUUAGUAUAGUUGAAAUUAUUAGCAUAUAUGUCUGAGAUUGUGUUCUAAACAUACAAUCUAAGUGGACAUAAUAUACAGAUGGAAACAUAUGCGUAUUUUGCAGUUUAUCUAAGUUACACCCUUAAUAUGCAGUGUGGUCAGCAACGCAGCUGUACCCCGACCAGUGCCCUGGUCAGAAACUGCAUGCAAAGCACACAGGUUGGAAUAGGUGCACCCCUUUUGUUGCUGGAAAAUGGGGUGGGUGCUUUUUUUAUACCAUUUUUAAAAGAGUUGCAGCUGCAUUCAUUCACACAAUUAAUAAAGAUGAAUUUGUUGACCAUCAAAAGUGUAUUCAUCCCUUUUAUAUAAAGGCAUAGGAUAGGACACAAGCUAGAUCUGAUUUAUACAUAAUGUGAAAUAACAAAAGUACAGAGGUUUUUCUGGGAGAUACUGGCCAUGUUAGAGCAGGAAGUGGUGCAAACAAUUAUGACAUAAUCUGCAAAAGGGCUUAUCUUUGCCUAAGCGCUCCUGCACACAGGCAGUAUACCUGAAAAAGGCAUAACAGCCGCUAAGAAAAUUGCUAAAAUUUGGUCAACUGCAAUAGAAAAUGGCAGUAAGAUUGGCUGUUAUGUAGAGGGUUUCAAGUCAUUUGUACACGCCACCAAUAGUAGAAUGUAUAUGAAUUUGAGGAAAUCAUGUAUGUAAAAUUUUAGGCAAUCUGUGGCUCUCCAGCUGAUGAGGAAGACCAGACUUAGGUAACCAGUGGCUCUCCAGCUGAUGAGGAAGACCAGACUUAGGUAACCAGUGGCUCUCCAGCUGGUGACCAGACGUAGGCAACCAGUGGCUCUCGAGCUGGUGAGGAAGACCAGACUUAGGUAACCUGUGGCUGUCCAGCUUAUGACGAAGACCAGACUUAGGUAACCAGUGGCUCUCCAGCUGGUAAGGAAUACCAGCCUUAGGCAUUCUGUGGCUUUCCAGCUUUUGGGGAAGACUUGAGCAAUCUAUGGUGCUCCAGAUGGUUUAGAACACAAGUCCAUACUGUUUUUACCAACAUUGUAAUCUAUUUUCCAUGGACACUUUGUUUCUUAGUUGGUGGAUCAGAGCAUUACUCAUGCAAUACUGUCAGCAGCCGUUGGAGCUCUACAAUCAUCAUGAUGUUGUGUGUACUAAAGCUGUUUAUAAUACAAGGUUUUUAUUUUUCAUUUUAAUCCUCUUCUUCAUUAAGUAUUGACAUAUAAAGCCUAGGGAAUAAGUAUACAUUAAAAAAAAUUAAAAUUACCAUAGAAAACAA